GAAGCUUUCGGUCCCCCCCGUCCGUCAGAGCCCGGCGGGUGGAGAAGCUCCCGGUCCCGCCUCCUCAGGGCCGGAGCGGGCGGGGCCGGGGCCGUGCGUCACUUCCCGCGGCCGGAAGGUUCCAGAGGUUCCACGGGGAGCCGCCAUGGCCGUGGCGCGGGAGGAGUUGCAGAAAGAUUUGGAAGAGGUUAAAGAGCUGCUCACGAGUGCCACUAGGAAGCGGGUGCGUGAUGUCCUUGUGGCAGAGAAACAAAAGCUGGAGCUGGAAAUCAAGAAUCAGCCUCUGCCGAAGCCAAAAGAUGUGGCAGAAGAAGAAAAGUCAUCGCUGGGAGGGUACACGGUGAAAAUAAACAAUUAUGGUUGGGAUCAGUCAGAUAAGUUUGUUAAGAUUUACAUCUCUUUAAAUGGCGUCCAGAAGCUUCCCGCUGAGAAUGUGCAGGUGAAUUUCACAGAGAGGUCAUUUGAUCUGCUAGUGAAGAAUCUGAAUGGGAAGAACUACACCAUGACCUUCAACAACCUCCUGAAGCCCAUCUCAGUGGAAGGCAGCUCUAGAAAGAUAAAGACAGACAUGAUCCUUGUCAUGUGUAAGAAGAAGCGGGAGGAAAAAUGGGAUUGUCUCACUCAAGUGGAAAAAGAAAGUAAAGAGAAAGAGAAGGCUGCCUAUGACACCACAGAUCCUAGUGAAGGGCUUAUGAACAUUUUAAAAAAGAUGUAUGCGGAAGGGGACGAUGAGAUGAAGCGCACCAUCAAUAAGGCCUGGGUUGAAAGCAGAGAAAAGCAGUACAAAGGGGACAUACCAAUGGAUAUCUGAAAGCACUCUAAGGGCCGCCUUAAAACUGAUCUUCCAUGUGAGACACGCUGUGCUGCAAAGAUCAUAGUUUACAUAACCUUCUUCCAAGCAAAGACAGUCAUUUUCCAUUUCAGGUUGGAGAAAAUAUUUAAAUAAAAUAGCUUCUAAAGCA